CCAGCGCACGGCCCCGCCCCCAGGGCUGCCGGGCCUGCGCUCAGUAGUGGCUGAUUGCUGCUGCUGCCGGGAUGGCGUUCAUGGAGAAGCCGGCGUCCAACAAGCUCUUCCUGGAUGACACAGUGCCGCUCACAGCUGUCAUAGAGGCCAGCCAGAGCCUGCAGUCCCAUACGGAAUACAUAAUCCGGAUCCAGAGAGGAGUGUCCAUGGAGAAUAGCUGGCAGAUUGUGAGACGAUACAGCGACUUUGACUUGCUUAACAAUAGCCUGCAGAUCUCAGGUCUAAGUCUCCCUUUGCCUCCUAAGAAACUAAUAGGGAACAUGGACCGAGAAUUUAUUGCGGAAAGACAGAAAGGGUUACAAAACUAUCUGAAUGUCAUCACGUCCAAUCAUAUCCUUAGCAAUCAUGAAACGGUGAAAAAAUUCCUUGACCCCAACAACUAUUCUGCAAAUUACACUGAAAUUGCCCUGCAACAAGUGUCCAUGUUCUUCCGAUCAGAGCCUAAGUUUGAGGUGGUCGAACCCCUGAAAGACAUAGGUUGGAGAUUGCGGAAAAGAUAUUUUCUUAUGAAGUGUAAAAAUCAACCAAAAGAAUACUUGGUUUUAAGCUGGGCUGAUUUAGGUCCGGAUAAGUAUUUACAAGAUAAAGACUUUCAGUGCGCGAUCAAACUCCUGCAGUCGUGGUCUCAUCCGAACAUCUACCGAGUCACAUUUGCCACAGCCAGUGAGUUGUCUGCUCUUAUUAUCAGGCCUUUUAACGAAAAGGGAACACUGAAGGAUCUGAUCUAUAAGGCCAAGCCGAAAGAUCCCUUUCUAAAGAAAUACUGUAACCCCCGAAAAAUCCAAGGCCUGGAACUCCAGCAAAUCAAGACGUUUGGGAGGCAGAUUUUAGAGGUACUUAAGUUCUUACAGGACCGCGGCUUCCCAUACGGGCAUCUUCACGCCUCCAAUGUGAUGCUGGAGGGAGAGACCUGUCGGCUGAUGGACCUGGAGAACUCGCUGCUUGGGCUGCCGUCCUUUUACAGAUCCUACUUCUCUCAAUUCAGGAAGAUCAAUACAUUGGAGAGUAUAGAUGUCCACUGCUUUGGCCAUUUGUUGUAUGAAAUGACUUACGGCAGACCUCCUGAUUCUGUACCUGUGGACCAGUUCCCACCCGCUCCGUCCUUAUCAGUAGUGUCUGUUCUGGAAUCCAUCCUGUCAUGCGAGGCCUGUAAAUCUGGCAUGCCAUCCGUCUCUCAGCUCCUGCAAACGCCGUUAUUCAGUGAUGUGACGCUGAUGAAUACUGAAAAACCUCAGUUUAAGAUUCCUUCCAAGUUAAAAGAGGCCCUGAAAACCGCCAAAGAAUGUAUGGAGAAGAGACUGGCAGAGGAGCAAAAAUUGAUCUACCAGCACAGAAGACUGACACGAGCACAGUCCCAUCACGGGUCAGAGGAGGAAAAGAAAAAGAGGAAAAUAUUAGCGCGAAAAAAGUCAAAGCGCACAAACUACGAUUCUGGCGAGGAGCAGUCAAUAAAAUGCAACAAUUCCAAUAAUUCAGCAGGCUCUGGAACAAGUUCUCCCCUGACCUCGCCGUCCUCUCCUACGCCUCCCUCUACAACAGGAAAUUCAACAUUUCAAAUACCAGCACCUCCGCCUCCACCUCCACCACCAGCGGCGCCUCUCCUUCCUCCAAGCAAGGAUGUGCCAACAGAAUCAGCCCCCAUCUCUGUUAACGGUACAGACCGCGGAGCCUUACUCAGUUCCAUUAAAAACUUCAGGAAGGGAGCACUGAAGAAAGCGGAGACAAAUGAUCACAGUGCCCCACGGACCAGCUGAAUGCUCAGAACGCACUUAACCCUUGAGCAGGCAUUGAAUGUGGAUAUGUACAGCUUGGCCUGCUCGCUGUUCAGAUGUUUUAUUGUUUUAUAACAGGGUUUCCGUUCUGUAAAUGAAAACAUAUAAUUAAAAGAAUGCCUUACGUUUUAAGGAAGGUUGAGAGUAGAAAAUCAGACGCCCAGUCUCACAUAUUAAACAGCUCUGUCUUAACAGAUCUUCUUAUUCAUUGUGUGAAAAACAGUUGCUCUUUGUACAGUAUCCUCUCUUCUUCAGUCCUCUAAUUCAGCAUUCCAUCAGACGAGAAGAUGCAAAUGGUCAACUGAUCUAAAUGGUUUUCCUUGACGUAGAGAAUUUCUUCAGUCAACUGGACAAGCUCAUAAGAACAAAACCACUUCUUCAUAGGUGAUUUUAAAAAUGCAAUGCUCUGGCCUAUUGCCUGUUAUACGGGGAAUAUCCUUUGUUAUAUCAGGAAGACACAACCCUGGACCCCGACUGGCAGAUCUGAGUACGGGUCCGGGUCUGCACCCAUCCGCUUUGGAAGGAGGGCGUUGUAUUUUUAAAAGGACAUGUUUGGAAGUGGUACUAUCAAUUUAAGACCUAGAACUGCAUCUAAAACAAAGUAGCCAUAAAACAUAAAUGUUUGCAAAUUUGGGAGUCUGCAGAAAUGUUGCAGUUGUGGCUUUAUAGUAAAUAAAUCUAGGUUAUUUUUUUUUUUAAUUAAGAAAUAGAGAUCUAGUCAAGGUCCUCAUCCUACAACUGUGGCUACCACUCAGAACUUUACACAUAACCUGAUACAGCUAGUGACAUCUGUGGGUACAAAAUGCAGUUGCAUUCCACUAUGUGCAGUCCUUGUCUGCCUGGACACCCUCUCUCUUCUAUCAGUACGCAGAACACAAGUGGGAAACACAAAAACAAAAGUAGUCCCUUUAACUGUACUUACAUACAGUAGAUAGACAAGCAAAAAUAAAUAAAAACUUAGCAUUUUGAUUUAAAUAAUUGUAUAUUCAAUUUGAUACAUCUAAGUUUUUAUUAUGUUUUUGACUGCUAACAAAAACAGGUUAGUUGUCCUCCUGUUGUCACAAUUGCAGAUGUUUGUUUAGCUAUUUUUGACAAUAUAUUUUAUAGAUGUCCACUUUCAGAGAUCUACCCAUCACUCUUUGGUUGGGCUUUUCCCUCUGGACAAUGCUGCAUGUGCCAUUGUUUAGCAAUAGGAGGAAGUACUGUCAGAUUUAGUUACUGAUUCCCAUCAUAAUUAUUCAAGUAGCUUGUCAGUCAGUUAUGUAUGUGGCACCCUGAUUGGAUAUCCAUCGACUAAUCAGGAGCUUCAUAAGCUACACAGCUGCAUUGUUUGGAAACUUGAAAUAACCAGUUAUUUUAACAGUGCUCUUUUUCACAGCUGUCAGCACAGGUGAUUUGGCUGGUGGUUCAUUACUAGUAAAGGUGGGAGUCUCCUAGGGGUACCUCCGCAGACCGUUAUAUGGGAGUAGGAAGUAGUCCCAAAAGUGGAGAAACCUUUUAAAGCCCUGCUGUCCUAGUUAGUAUUUCAGAUUGAGGACAGAGAGAGGGUGUUGAAUGCCAGUCUGAUGUAAUUUUCCCACAUUGCGUACACAGAAAAAAGUAAUGCAUACAUUUUGCAGUAUGCAGAGUUGUAUGCACCUCAGGCCGCCCUUACCCGUGUUCAUGGAUUUCUAGCCUUCCUUAUUGUCCUUCACAUCAGUGCCCCCUUGCAGCAGCCCUAUGCGUGGUGCAAAAGAUCCGUAUGAAAACAGGUGUAAUUGCGCAUAUGCACAACUCUUCAUAGCCCGCAAUUACGUCUGUGUGUCCUCACUGAACCGUGCCUGCGUAAGAAUGCCCCAUUACCACCGUUUUCUCCCUUCAGCUGCAAGUAGAGAUAGGACUGAGUUCUGUACGACAUUGCAUCAUUCACACUUGCGUGCGCUCGGCUCCGGGGCAUGCACAUUGCGGAAGCAUGCAAAAUACGCAAAGCUGACUUGUAUCCAACUCUGUCGGUCCCAGGGAGUCCUUCCCAUAACACAACAUUUUGUCACCCAGUACCUGCAAGCUAAUGGCCCCAUACAUCAGAUGGCCGAAUUCGCUGAUUGGCAGCCAGCGAUAAUCGGUGAUCCGUUGAGGAAUCUGGGAAAUUAAAUAUGUUAAAAAUGCCCAAUUGACAAUCCCGACCGUUGGGGGAUUGGGACAUUGCUCCAACAUAUUUAUAAUGUAUGGGCCCCACACAAUACAACACAAUUACAUUCCAUAAAAGUCAAUCCUCAGAUUUGUGUUUCUAGGUAACCUUUACUUUAGGGCAGUAAGAUGUUUACAUGGUUAAAUCUGUUACCGAAAUUCAAUAUAUAGUUGCACAACAGAGAAAUUGUGUUAAUAUAGAAGGUACACUUGGUGGAUCUGAACCUAAUUUUACUUUUAUUUUGCACUUUAAAAUCUGUUUUACAGAAUGCAGGGGAAUUGCCGUGGGUAUGAUUAUGGGGUUGAGUACUACAAUGUAUAUUCCGUCAUAUUUUUCUUAAGAUAAUAAACCGCUCUCUGAUUUAUUGUG